AGAGGGAGUCGGUGCGUUGAAGGGGAGARAGGCAAAGUUUAGUCAGCAUGGUGAGUCCCGUAGAGCCGGAGUGAAAGGGCGCCGCUUCCCUCUCAAAGAAAGAAACCGAACCUGUGAGCCCGGAGCUCGACCGGAAAACAAACCCGAACGAUGCGAGCAGCGCCAGCUGGUCUACGAGGGAUUCCCUGAAGAAGAAAAAAAAAAUGCCAGAGGUUGGAGCUGAUGUGACACAGCCUGAGCUGGAAGAGAGCUGACUCAUCAAAUAUUAGUCUCGACUUGGCAGCCGAAAGCAGCUCCGAUUGCCCAACGCCCAGCUCCAGACGACCACCGUCCCUCCCUCAUUCUUAGCAAAGGAGACUCUCCGACUAGAAAAAAAACAAUUUUAACCCCCUCCAGAAGGAAAAUCUACAACUUCUGCCUCAGUCGGCACAGUUCURCUGCACUACUCUGAGAGUCCCACAGUCCCAGCUAAGAAUGAUAUACAGUACUUGUUUUUAUCAUUCCUGAUUGCCACAUAUCCUAAUCCCUACCCCCUGCCUGUUAAUUUAACCUUCUUUGUAAAGCUUGGGAGACACCGCUCUGAGUUUCCUCCUCUGCCUUGCCCACCACGUUCAGCGCYCCUCCAUCCCUGCUCGCAGACCAUGAUGUUUCGCGAUCAGGUGGGCGUGUUAGCCAGCUGGUUUAAAGGGUGGAAUGAGUGCGAACAGACCGUGGCUCUGCUCUCCCUGCUGAAGAGGGUGAGCCGGACCCAGGCUCGCUUUUUGCAGCUUUGUUUGGAGCACUCCCUGGCUGAAUGCACGGAGCUGCAGGUCCUGGAAGGAGAGGCCAACAYUCCAGUUCUCAUUAGCCAAUGGCAAGGUGAACCCAAGGAACGUGUCAUCUCCCUAGUCCUCACACAUCUCCCACUGCUCAAACCCGGUAACACAGAAGCCAAGGGCGAGUACAUGCGCCUGCUGCCACGUAUCCUGGCCCAUACCAUUGAGCAUGGUCAUCACCUGGAGGAGUCCCGCCAGCUCCUGUCCUACGCUCUCAUCCACCCUGCCACCUCUCUGGAAGACCGGGCUGCUCUGGCUCUUUGGCUUAACCAUCUCGAGGAGAGGGCUGCAGCGCGGGGAGAUUCACUGGAAAGACCUCCACCUGCUGGGCCCCACCACCACCAGUCCACACCACCAUCGACCCUCACCUCGUCAGUAUCCUCCUCUUCCACUAACACGUCUUCGUCGGGCAACCUGUACAACCUGCAUCAUCACCAGCGUUAUGGCUCGGACGAUCGUCUCAAUGGGUGGCAAAACUCAAGGGAUUCGGGAAUCGGCGGAGGCUGGCAUCAGCAGCAGGGCUGUGAGAACGGCCACCUCCUGCUUUACCCGUCAUCCUCAGUGCCAGCAACCAUCAAUACAGUUGGAACAAGCGGGGGAAAUAACACUAUUCUUACAAGUGGAAGUCAACAGCACAGCCCGCUGAAGCGCUCCGUAUCCCUCACCCCGCCAAUUAGUGGACACAGCAACCAACCUCUGGGCCAUGUAUGGCUGUCCCAGGAAGACCUGCGGACGGCGAGAGGUCCGGCCCCAGAUCAUGCCCCUCUCUCCCCCCAGAGUAGCAUCGCCUCCUCGGGCAGUGGGGGCAGUGAACAUUUGGACGAUACUGGUUUAGGAGGCAGUURAGGUCUGCAUCGCAGCUCCUUCCAUGAGGAUGGGAGUGGCAUGAGGGAUGUUCCUGCGUGGCUGAAAAGUCUUCGUCUCCAUAAAUAUGCCGCCCUGUUCUCUACAAUGACUUAUGAUGAGAUGAUGUCAUUGACUGAGGAGCAACUGGAAGCACAGAAAGUCACUAAAGGAGCAAGACACAAGAUUGUCAUCAGCAUUCAGAAGCUUAAAGAGAGGCAGAACCUUCUCCGCAGCCUGGAAAAGGAUGUCUUGGAGGGUGGGAAUCUACGUGCCCCUCUGCAGGAGCUCCACCAGAUGAUCAUGACUCCCAUCAAGGCCUUCAGCGGUGGUGAAGAGUCCUCCCUGCAGCGCCCCCUGCUGACCCCAAAGAGCAAGAGCACCGCGCCAGGCUCCCAUCUCUCCGGGGGUGGCGGAGGAGGUGAGGCCGAGUCGGGCACGAGCGUGAUCGCUGAGGGGGAUCUACCUGGUCAGUUCACCCGCGUCAUGGGCAAAGUUUGUACCCAGCUGCUGGUGUCGAGGCCAGAUGAGGAUAACAUCAGCUCCUACCUGCAGCUCAUUGACAAGUGCCUCAUCCAUGAGUCUUUCACUGAGACGCUGAAGAAGAGACUGUUGUCAUGGAAACAGCAGGUCCAGCGGCUCUUCCGGUCUAUUCCAAGGAAAACCCUCCUUGACAUAGCAGGGUACCGACCGCAGAGGAGUCGUUUCGGUCAGUCCAACUCUCUGCCCACCAGUGCCUGUGUUGGGGGCAGCGUGUCGGCCAGGAGGGGCCUCCAUCAGUUCCAGAUGCCCUCCAGGAGCCUUCCAGCAGCCAGGCUGGGUCUGCUGGGCAGCGCGGGGUUACUGGGACCUACACCUCGCAGCUCGAGCAGCACACCCACCGGUCCCAAACAGGGCAGACAUGGCCCAUGGUUUGCCAACCCUGGAGGAAGCAACAGCAUGCCCAGCCGGACCCACAGCUCCGUACAGAGGACCCGCUCCCUGCCCGUCCACACCACGCCUCAAACCAUGGUUACGUUUCAACAAGCUGAUCACCAGUUACCAGCGACAGAGCCAGACAUAAACAACCGCCUUGAGUCUCUGUGUUUGAGUAUGACUGAGCACGCCUUAGGAGACGGUGCUGACCGCACAUCCACUAUAUGAACCUGGAACCUGGGUGGGAGCAGCGGGACACUGCAGGUUUCACGGGGCGCUCUCUCAUUUGGCCACCUGAGGGUCACCAGUCCUCCCGCACCCCCACACUCUCCACCUCCCUGUAGAGCUCAACCAAAGGACCAGGCGGGAUCCAAGAAACACAAGCAGGUCGGUCGUCAAACGGCUCACAAACAAGCCAUCACGUCGGGAAACAAACGCACUUCCUGCUCCGCCGGCACGAUCAUGUCUGCAUCUGAGGAUGAAAAGCCUGAAAACGUUGUUGGACAGAGCGAACGGCUCCUGGGAGAGGAGUCGGUGCUGCCUGUGGAUCAGGUCUCAAAGCCCCCAGCCCUCACCCCGACACCAGCUGCCCCCCAUUCACUGACAGAAUCAUCGUGGAGUCGUUCUUAUUCAUAACGUUACCUCAGACCACGAGACCAGCAGAGCUGCAAAGACUUCCUGACUGACUGAACCACCAGCACAGAUGUGUGUAGAGGUCACUUCAGCCUCUCGUUCAGUAUUGGGUGAUUUAAAAACAAAAGUAUUUACAUUUCAUGUAUUGUUUACAUAAAGAUGCUACUUUCAGAGGGUACAGAAAUGUGUUCAUGUCAGGUAGUGUUCUGUUCCGUAAAGCCUUAGCUUUCUAUCCCACCAGUAGCCAUCACACUAGUUUACAGCUGACGUGCUUAUCCUUUAUCCUAGCAGGAGACGAGUAGUUUGACUGAGAGCAGCAGGAGGAAGUAGAACAGAUGUGUGGAGGGGAACAACAGGAGGAAGGUGAUACAGAGAAGGACACAGAAUGUAGCAGAGGAAGCUGAAGUGAUGCUGAGAGGGGAAGCGGAUGUUUUAAAGAGAGACAUCAGAGGCAGGCCCUCUGAAGAUGAUGUCAUGUCUGAUCAUGUGAGUGACUUCAGGUGGAAACUGAAUUGGUUACGUUCAUCUACGACUCGUACUGUAUGAACUCUUGGAAUCAGAGUCUUUGCAGGCAAAUACUUUAUUAUUAUUAUUUUUUUAAUGUGUGUUUAUAUGACACGGUGGGAUCUGUCUGCGUGUCCAGACACAAUAAAUCUGUCAGGAAGCAGGAGCAGCCUGAAACUUGGAGAGUUGAGUCGGACGAAGCGGGAUGUGGAUUUAAUUUCCACUCGGUGUCGCUGUGAAGGCAGACUAGUCUCAGUUCAUGGACAGUUUGUCUUAGUGCUUACCUCCACCUGCUGGACACGUGCAGUCGUUGCAGGCAGAUUUAAGGCAGAUCAUUGAGGACAGCAGGAGAAAUAAGGCAACCAGCAUUUUCAGAGAUACUGCUGGUGAACUCAGUUUUGUUAGACUAUAGUUGUUUUUUUAAAUUGUGAAUCGUAUGGUUAUUUUGUGUCUUAAUAUUUAUCCCUUGUUGCUUGUCUGGAAUAAAGACGUGUUAAGAAUUAGUUUUAUUUUGAAAGGAGAUGGUCAGGCACCUCUGUGCUGCUUUCAUCACGCACCUGAGUCCUGACCUCCAAUUGUUCUUUUUGGGUGUUUUUAUUGUUUAGUGUCUUUCUGACCUUUUUUUGUAAUUUUAUAGUGUUUUCUUUGUGUUCUGCACUUGAGAAUGUGAUACAUUAAUCCAUCAGCUUCAGCCCAGCACAGCUGCUCUUUGGAAGGAGGGAAGUGCGGGAGUCCUGUGAUGGAUAAAAACUUAGUGGUGAAACCACAGAGGUGAACUGAACCACACCUCUUGCAUUGCAGAACUGAUUUCUCUUUGAAGGUGUUCUGAGCAGAAAAUACUCCCUUCGUUUUAUCAUUUUAGCCAAAGCUGAAUCCUGACAGAGCUGAAGGAUCAGACCAGAGUUUAUGCACGUCUUAGUUUUCUUCCUCUGAUUUGACUUUAGUAGAUUUUAAUUUAAAGCAUUUAUGUUUUUUUAUAUGAGAGUCAUUUGAAUAACAUCAAAAAGUGCAUCCAUUAUUAAAUAAAUGGGAAACAAAAGGUUUAAAGCCUGGCUUGACAAAGCCUAAAGCCCAACUAAGAGCUAACAGGAACUCAUUUAAAACUUUCUACUCAAAAUACAUCCAUCCAACAAAUAAAAUUUAAAGAAAAAAUAUAAAACUUUCCUGUCCCUGAGGCUUUAUUAAUGAAGGACAGCAGCUUAAAUCUUUAACUGGAACUCAUUUGUUGCAUUUUCUAAAAAAUAAAAUAAGCAAGACAUUGUUCUACAAUGUAGAAAUCACUUUACUGACCAAAUCUUUUUUUGUGAAAUAUUCGUAUAUAGACUAAUAUUAGCCCUUUAAUGAACCCCUCAGCAAAAGCAGCUAACGUAUAUAAAACUACUAAAACAUUACUAUAAAUCAUUAAUGUGACAGUUCUGAUGUCCAGACAAAUGGUUAUUUUCUUGUUUUUACAGCACUUUUAAUUGCAGCUGUAGAGCUGCAGCAGGGACAACGGCUUGAUUUGAACCCCAGCUGCAUUAUUAUCCGUUAUUUUGUGGAUUUAUUUGAAAAAUAAAUCCAGGUGUUUUUUUUUUUGUUUGUUUGUUUUGAGUUUGAUUUUUCUGGUCGUUACUGGUCACAAAGAGCAGCUGCAGCAUUCUGUAAACUCUGCAGUGACACAGCUCGGUGUGGGAGCUAAAACGUGCAUAAACUCUGCUGUGGAGCUGCUUUCCUCACUGGUUAAAUGUUCAGACGUGUUGACAGGGAUUUGAACCUCCAGUCUGGACACACACACACACACACACACACACACACACACACACACACACACACACACNCACACACACACACACACACACACACACACACACACACACACACUACAGUAAACUGUACAGACACUUAGUAGCUGUGUGUUUUGUUGAGUUUGUAAAAGCCCAUCCAUCACCUGAGCGCCUGACUUCGUUGUAAUCCUAAAGCAGAGGCUGAUUCUCAGUUUUUCAGCAUCACUGCCGUAUGAAUCAGUACUUAAACAUUUAUUUAUUCUUUCUUUUUUUAAUUUCAGAGCUGAUACUGAUCCUUCUAGGUGUUUCAUUAUUUAAUGUACCGUAUGUAUUAACAUGUUGUGGCUGGUGACCAUACAUACAUCUCAAAAAUUAACCUAGUGAGUGUUGUCGGAGUGUUUUUACUUGUUGUUGAGCUAUAAUUUGCAUCUUUCAGCGUCAUGUUGAGACGUCCGUUCUGCAGCUGUUUGAGUGGCGCUGCGAGCCGAGCCGGCUGCAUUCUGUCAGAGGACCGYUCCAUUUUAAGAUGGAUUGAAUCAGGAGCAUCAGAACAUAUCAAAWAUUAUCAUCAGGCAUCGGGCUCAACAGGUCAGAGUUGUAUCUGAACAGUUUAAACUAAUAGAGCCAUUUUCAGGUGCUGGUUACUAUUUCAUUUUAAGUAGUGGCUAAAUUGUGUUACACUCAGCAUUGUGUGUAGGGAUGCACCAGUACCACUUCUGUUCAAACCGUAUACAAGUGUUUAAAUUUGCUAGUACUGAUAUAUAAACACUAAAAAAUGUCAUUCUACUUCUAACAAUUACUGUUAAAAUCAGAAAAUCAUACUCUGCAUCUUCACGCCUCUAACAGAGCGAGGAUAGUCGUCUUGUGUAAAACAUCCCACUGAUGAGUGGAGAGGUUUUUAGAGAGCUGCUGCUCAGAUCUGCAUUCUUUUCUGAUAAUAAUAAUGUGAUAAUGUGCCAUGUAUCAUCAAAGCAUGUCCCCAUGCAGUGAUGAGAUCUGUGCUCUGCAUUUGACCCAUCUCGUGUAUGUGUGGAGCAAGUGUAAGCACCUGUGGACCUUAGGGUCUAGGUGCUCGAGGACACCACGACAUGUGGACUUGGCGGAGGAUCAAACUUGUGAUUUCUGGUCCUAAGAUGAUCCUGUUACUGCAGGCCCACUUUAAGCUGCUGGUGAGGCUGCACCUGGUCCUCCUUCCCUCAGGAGCUGGAGUCGGUGAGCAUCCUCUCUGAGCUCGUCUUCUCUGAGCUGCUCCAAACAGUCCUGCCCGCUUCAGUGACUCUGACAGCUGUCAGUCAAUCAUCGAGGGYCACGCCCUAAAACUAGCAACACACUGUGAUAGGUCAGCUCACGAGAGUGUGUGUUAGUGUCUUAGUUUGGGUCAAACAUGCAUCUAAAGUGAUGAAAAACCGUUCAGCUCAUCACCGGACCUCACAACAAUGGCAAACUCUUAAAACUCUGCCUCUUUUUUUUCUAUUACAAUUUUUCAACUUUGCUGAGCUUUUGUUUUGUCGCCAUCAUUCACUGUGAAAUAAUCCCCCAAACACCUGAGCGCUCCACUGAGACGUGCCCGUCCCUCUGAUUUAAAGUGAUSUUUCAACACUUUUACCCAUCAAAGUCUGUGUACACACACUUUAUCAGACAUGUAUGCCUGAUUCUGGUAUUGGUGCAUCACUAACAGAGCUGACAAAAGAAAAACAACAAACCUAAAACAACCUUUGAAACAGGUUUGGAUUAUACACUGACUGGAGUUUCAUUUGUUUAUGGGAUGUGUUUGUAACUGUAAAGUUAAAAGAUUUGUAUUUUAGGCCUUCAGUUUGAGCUCCGCUGUUUUUGUUUUUUCUUUGCAACACUUCUGUGUGAAAACUGUUGCACGUCUCUUCAAACCAAAUGGCUGUGCACGCGGCUGUAAUAACGUGUAGAUAAUGCCUUAAUAUUCCAAAAGCAUUUAUUGUACUUUAAGACAUGUAUGCUGAUUUUUGUUGUUGUUUAGUUGUUUCAUAAAUUGUGCGUUUUUAAUCAGUUUUCAUCAAUAUGGGAUGCCGAGACUGGUUUUUUUUUUUUUGUUUUGUUUGUGUUAGGGCCUGACUGGGCUGCUUUUACUUCYUUUAGAUUUAUUUUAUCAGAGCCGAUGUCCUGUAUUGACUGCAGGCUUACUUAUAUAUGAAAAACAAACAAACAAAAAAAGAUUAUGGUAUGUUUAAUUAAAAAAAAGAAAAUAUACAAAAAGAAAAAAAAAGACUAGUUAAAAAAAAGAAGUGUAAUUUAUAUUUUAAAGUUGCAUGCACACAAGUGGGAGUCAUAUUUAGAAUAACAAAUGGCAGUGCCUUUCUCUUUUUAUACUUGAGCCCAAAUGUAAACCUAGUUUUUUAUGGACAGCCGUGUUGGGUCACGUUCACGCUGCAGACCCAAACACCUCACGUGAUCCGUGGGUUUCUUUUAUCCUGAAAUUAUAUUCCUGCUGGAUUUGUAUCAAUAUCUAGGCAGCAGAUUGUUUAGUCCGAGAAAUGUGGACUUGACUUUGUACAGAAUAUUUACYUCAAUAAAGGCUCAUUCAUUCUUUCUUGCAUUUGGUAAAAUGACUAAUCUUCACAUUUUCACAGAUUAUUUAAUUGUUCAACACGAGGCUGGGACUUGAAACUAUUCCCUUUUUUCAUUAUCUGAGUUUUCACAACUAAAUAAUGAACAGAAUGAAUCUACUUUUGAUUUUAUAUUUUUGUUGAACUCCCCUUUUUUUUAUUAAUCAUCUCUACACUAUUUGCAAGCAUCUCUAAUAUUUUCUACAGGGAAGAGUUUUUAGUAAAUGGUCUCAGCUGUGUUUUAAUACAGUGAGGGCGUAAACACAAGCUUUACUCAAAUCAUUGCAUUAUCUUCUCAGCCCACAUUAAAAUAAUCUUGGUCAAGUUUUAGAUUUUUGCUUCGCUGAACAAACUUUUGAUCCUUUUUGAUCCCUGAGUUAAAGAGCGAGGCGUGCAYCCUGAACGUGACCUCAGCUGCCUGAGCUUCCUGCACAUCACACAGCUCCUACCGGGGGGUGAUUAGAAAUUUCAGAUUUAUUCUGGUCUCUGCACAACCAGAGGAAAUGUGAGGAUGGAAGUUUGACAGUGAAAAACAUGUAAAGAUUUAAUGUUUUGUGCUUUCGUUGCCAUGUACCAGACUGAUGUGAUUUUGGCAUGCCCCCAUAAAAACAAACCAACAAAAAC